AUGAAGUUUGGAAAGACUCUUCUUUCCCACCAGAUCCCAGAAUGGUCGGUCCACUACAUGAACUACAAGCACUUGAAGAAGGUCAUCAAGACCAUCGACAAGUUUAUCAACUACAACAGCUACUCGCCGUUGGAGCUUCCCGAGUUGAUUUCAACAGUGCUUUCUCAGUUCUUCUAUGAGUUGGAUAGAGACAUCGAGAAGGUGUCGGAGUUCUACGACGCCAAGUACUACGAGUACUCCAGAAGAACGGCCAGAAUCGUCCAUGUUUUGGGUUACACCAACGGGAAGAUCACCCACCAGGUCGACACCACGGACGAGUUGGACGAGAUCGUGCUGAUUUCCUUGGAACUCAGAGCCAUCUACAGAAACUUGAAGUGGUUUGGCGAGCUUAACCACAAGGGUUUCAUCAAGAUCUUGAAGAAGCUCGAUAAGAAGUUGCUCUACUUGACCAACUUGGCCAACGACCAGUUGCGUGUGGAUGCCGAUCUGGACGAGGAGGUGCCUGUGGUCAGUUUGCCCAACAACAACAAGGAGACCUACUUGACCACCAGAGUGGAUGCGUUGCCGUUUGCCAAUGGUCUGGAGCUUCAGGCUGGCUUGGACACCAUCAAUGAGAUUUUGAACCAGUUGGGUGACCAGCAGAUUGAGUUGGAGAACAACUUGGAGGCGGAAAAGGUGCUUUCGACUGCCACCAAAAACUUGAAUGUUUUGAAGAUCGGUGGAAACAGACGCUACUCGUUCGACAAGGAGUUCAUGGAGAAUUUUUAUGAGCUCAUUUACCAGAACGAGGCCGACAAGCUUAUUUCUGAGCUUGACAACUUGGAGUGGGCCCAGAAGUCGGUCAAAUUGUUUCUUUCGCUUUUGAACAAGGCCACUUUGGCCAACUCCGUCGCCUGUACUGACCGUCUUUUCGACUAUUUGGUGGACUUCACGAAGAAAAAUGCCUCUGAGGUCGGCGAGAGUAACGCUCUUUUUGACUCCAUCGACAUCUCAGGCCGUAACUUCUUCCACCAACAUGUGGUGUCUCUCGGUAAGAAGCAGCUUAUCAAGGAGCAGAAGAAAAGGAACCCUGGUGAGUCCAGUGACAUCAAGCGUUUGUACGGAAACGAGUCUGGCCCCGAUGGUUCUCAGCUUUCUCCCGUUUACAUUGAUGGUUUGAGAAACAUCUUGAAGAAAGUGGAUCAGCUUCCUGAAUACCAGAGCUUGCUCGUGGCCAAGGAUACGUACUUGAGAACGCCCGUCCACUAUGCUGCUCAGUACGGCGCCAAGGAUGUCACCAGCUUGCUUUUGGAGUACAUGAUCAAAUGGAACUUGUUGGACCAGAACGUUCCAAUUGAUCUGGUAGAUGAUUUCGGUGACCAAGAGGGAUUGACCCAUUGCACCUUGCAAUUAUCGGAGCCAUUGUCGUGCCCCAACUUGUUGCUUUUAGCUACCAGACUCAACUGUGAGGAUAUCGUGAAGGACUUGAUUGAAUCGGGCUUUAUUGAUGUUAAUUACACAGAUGCUGAGAACAACGAGGAGACAGCUCUUUAUGUGGCUUCCAAGCUCAAUCAUUUGAGCACCGUCAAAUUUUUAUUGAAGAUGGGUGCUGACACUGAGUUGGGUGAGUGUGUUUUUGGCUGGACUCCAAUUUUCAUUGCUGCAGCCGAGGGUUACCAAGAAGUGGUUCAGAUUUUGAUUGACUACGCCGCUAGAUUUGAUCUUGUGGACGACUCCGGCUGGUUGCCUAUGGAACACGCUUCCUUGCGUGGCCAUCUUGUUGUGGCUGACUUGUUGAAGCCUUUGGACGACAACUUGCUCUUGUACAACAUCGACGAUCCUUCGAAGAACACACCAAGAACUCACAACCCAUCGUCCAAGAAUGCUUCAAACACCACUUCGCCUUUUUUACACCCAACUAGCGAGGAGAUGCUCUUAAACGCCGUGAGUGAAGUAUACCGCCAGUUCAAACAGCUCGACAGCAGUUCCAACAUUUCAAGCAGCAACAACCUGAACAAUUCCAAUGGCAGAGAAAGAUCGCGUGCAAGAAGCAGUUCUAGAUCCAGAUCACCGGUGAACCGCCGUAAGAUGAAGCCAAUCAAAUCGUUUGGUCACAGAUACUUGGCUAAGGGCGAGCUGUUGGUGCUUAUUACGUUGGGAACUACCGAUUUGCGUGACCAGCUGAAGCCCAUUGAUUUGAACAAGAUCUCCAUGUCUCAGAGUUUCUUCACAGAACUCGACACUGCUCUUUCGCUUGUGGUCACUUGUCGCCAUAAAGAGACUAAAGACAUCAUUGAAGCCCCUGUCAUUGUUGAUUUGCCUUUGGAAGAUCAGCACGGUAGUGCCACUGACCCCAUCACCUUCAAGCUUGAUGCUGGAGUCAGUGCUGAUGAUAUGGUAGUCAACUUUGACAUUGUCCCCACUUACCAGUAUCCUACCAGCAACCUUCAAAACACUCACAAGGGUGCAAUGAAGGGCAAAAUUUUAGGAAGAGGUGUUGCUUUGUUGAAGAGUGCUUACACUGGGGUCGGUACAGACUUGCGUUCUCUUCACAACUCCGUCACAAUUCCAAUCUUAGAGUUAGACUCUCUUGACAUGUUGGGAACCCUCAAGUGUGAGUACAUGUGUGCCAAGUCCUUUGAUCAUCACCAGAUCUCCAUCACUCGUUCAGACACGUACUGGAAACAAUUAGUUUCCACUCGUGUCAUUGGCCACAGAGGUUUGGGUAAGAACAUGAACAAGAGAGAUUCGUUGCAGUUGGGUGAAAACACCGUCGAGUCGUUCAUCGCUGCUGCUUCGUUGGGAGCAUCUUACGUCGAGUUUGAUGUCCAACUCACAAAGGAUCACGUUCCUGUCAUUUAUCACGAUUUCUUGGUGGCCGAGUCUGGUGUUGAUAUUCCAAUGCAUGCGUUGACAGAGGAGCAGUUCUUGGGUCUUAGUGAGCAUGAAGCCUCUACUAGAGAAAACAAGUCCAUUUUGAGCUACGACAAGAUCAACAACAACUUGAACAUCACAAAGAAUUUCGCUCUUGAUGACGAGUUGUUGGGCAAGUACAAUAGACCUCGUUCGAUGUCGUCUUACCCAUCGGGUCCCAAAUUUGCUUCUGCAGCCGAGGAGGAUGAAUUAGACAGAGAGUUCAAGAACCAGAUCUCCAGUAGAAUGAAGCUCACGAAGACAUGGAAGGAGAAGGGUUUCAAGGGUAACGCCAGAGGAUUGUCGGUUGCGUCGAACUUCGUCACGCUCAAGAAGCUUUUCCAGAAGUUGCCUAAGAACGUGGGCUUCAACAUCGAGCUUAAGUAUCCCAUGUUGGACGAAGCCCAACACGAAAGUAUGGGUGAGAUUGCUUACGACAUGAACUUCUACGUGGACACGAUUUUGAAGACCGUUUACGAGAUGAACACCAGUGGCAGAGACAUUUUGUUUUCCUCGUUCCAUCCCGACAUUUGUCUUUUGCUUUCGUUGAAGCAGCCAACAAUGCCGAUUUUGUACCUUACGGAAGCUGGAACUGAGCCCAUGGCUGAUAUCAGAGCGUCGUCCCUACAGAAUGCCAUCAGAUUCGCCAAGAAAUGGAAUCUUUUGGGUAUCGUCAGUAACGCUAAGACGCUCGUGAAAACGCCCAGACUUGCCCAGGUCGUCAAGAGUUCUGGUCUUGUGUGUGUGACUUACGGUGUGGAGAACAACGAUCCUGAAGCCUGUAAGAUCCAAAUGAAGGCCGGAGUUGACGCCGUCAUUGCCGACUCUGUUUUGGCCGUGAGAGAAGGUCUCCGUAAGGAAGAAGAGACGGUCUACUAA